UCAAUCGUCAGUCAUUCAAAAUUCACAAAACAGACGAUGAGGUAUAUCGUACUAGCGUUUGUUCUCAGAAAAAGAAAGUAUAAUAAUCAAAAUUAGAGUAUACAUGCUCCGAAAACUAAAAAACAUUUUACUUGUGAUUUAUUUAAUACAGUAAAUUUUUAAAAAUGGAUAACAACUUAAAAAAUUUUAAUGCAAUGGGCAGUGACGAUUGGAGAACGCCGACCUUUCGACAAAAUGUUGUGACUAAAAUAGAGGAUGUUAUCCAGAGGUCUGGAAUGCAAGUGGCUCGCAACAGCAGCGAAAUGGAGAAUCAUGUAUUUUCUAAAGCAAAAACGAGAGAAGAGUAUAUGAACAUGGUUGCUAAACUUAUCCUUCAUGUUCGAGAAAUGUCUCAAUCAAAACCAAACCAAGGUGGUCCAUCCAUGCAAGGUAAUCAGAAUCAACAAGGCCCAAACUCACAAGUACAAAAUCAACCAGGCCAAGGUCAGCCAGGACCCAGCAACCAGUCGGGCAUGACUACAGACCCAAUAAAUGCCCUGCAAAAUUUGGCAUCACAGGGUUCCCGGAAUCAGAUGAUGAACAUGGGACCACAGGGGCAGAUGCAGCAGCAAGGGGUCAUGGGACCAAAUCCAGGGAUGGGCAUGCAACCUCAAAUGGGACAGCAAGGUCCUAUAGUCUCCCAAGGGGGACCCCAAGCUCAGACAGCUACGAACUUGCUACAAACAAUGACACAAAGACCUCAGAUGAAUAUGCAAAUGCAGAAUAAAAUGGCGGGAAAUAUGGGAAUGGUUCCUAACCAAGGCCAAAUGGGGAAUACCAUGGUAGGUGGUAUGGGUGGCAUGGGAAAUCCUAUGGGGAAUCAGCUGCAGAAUCAACUAGGCGGACCAGGGAUCCAGGGUCAAAUGAUGCCAAAUAUGUCAAUGCCAAAUAGCAUGCAGGUGCCAAUGAGUGCAACUAGUACAAUGGGAGGUCAGAUGCCUUGCAACCAGGUUGUUGGUGGCAUGGGCGGACAGAUGGCACCUAACUCAAUGCAGGGCCAGAUGCAAGGACAAAUGGUUGGCGGCAUGGGGAACAAUCAGAUUGUUGGCAUGAAUAUGUUGCACAUGCAAAAUCGGGUGCAGAACAAGCAGGAGGUAGUUGGUGGCAUGCUCGGCGGGUACACGCAAGCCCGGGCUCCGCCCCCCAACCAGUUUCUGAGGCAGAGCCCUUCGCCAUCUGCCCCCUCACCGAAUAUGGGUGGCCCUAGUCCUGUUUCUAUGGGCGUGAUGGGCGGCGCGGGCACGAUGCCGUCGCCGAUGUCGCUGGGCGCGCUGGGCGCGUGCGUGGGCGGCGUGGGCGGCGUGGGCAGCGUGGGCAGCGUGGGCAGCCCCUCGCCCUCCGCGCCGCAGCACCUGCCGCACCACGUGGCGCCCCACCAGAGGGGGGUAGGCAUGGGUAUGGUGGCGUCCCCCUCGUCGUCACUGAACACCCCCGUGGGGGCCGGCGUGGCGUCCCCUAGCGGCGAGGAGGCCGCCUACAAGGACAAAGUCCGCCAGCUGUCCAAGUAUAUUGAACCGCUGCGCAGAAUGGUGCACCGGAUGGUGAGCGAAGGAGAGAAUGUGGAGAAGUUGACAAAGAUGAAAAACCUACUGGACAUCUUAUCGAACCCAAACAAGCGCAUGCCUCUGGAGACGCUCAUCAAAUGCGAGGUGGUGCUGGAGAAACUGGAUUUCAGACGCGGCGAGGGCGUCGGCGUGGGCAUGCCCACUACUGGGAAGGAGCAAAUAUUCAAUCCGCUACUUGAGGUGGUGAACAACUGUCUCCAGUCACCAUUGUCCAAUCACACACUGAAAAGGACCUUCGGUUCCACGCUCGAUGCUCUCAACGGCCCCGAGAUCAAGAAUCUACCGCCACCUUAUAAAGUACCGAAGACUGAGGAACCGGUUAUGGAUAUACCAGAUGUGCUGCAGGGUGAAAUAGCCAGACUAGACUCCAGGUUUAAGGUGUCGCUGGAGACGAUGCAGCUGGCGGGCGGCGGCGGCGCCAUCUCGCUGGUGGCGGCGCUGGACGACGCGCGGCUGCCGUGCGUGCCGCCGCUGCACGUGCUCGUGCCGCGCAACUACCCCGCCGCGCCCCCCGCGCGCCCCCGCCCCCACGCCGCGCCCCGCCGCCCCCGCCCGCCGCACGCCUUCCUCGCGCGCCUCGACCGCGCCCUGGACGCGCGCCUCGCCAGCCUUCCAAAGAACUGUUCCGUGAGCCAGUUGCUGGACGCGUGGGAGAUGAGCGUGCGGCAGGCGUGCGCGCCCGCACCGCCCGACUACGUGCCCGUGCGCUCGCUCGGGCUGUGAGUGCGUCUCCGCUUGUAAGCAUUCGGUAACACACCACCCUGUAUCAGCGGCCAGAUCUUAAUAUUUUAUCAUGUGGAAAAUCUUCAAAAAACCGUACCCCGCUAGAGGGGUGACGGAAAGAUGUAUAGGUUUCUUACCCACAAAAAAAAACACACUGUGUACCUACGAGCGCCCUUGCUAGAGAAACAAAAUCACAUUAGCAUUUUACUCUGACGGCGUCGCCCCGCCCUUCAGAUGGUGUAGAACAAGCCCCUUCUCGUUGCUAGGGCGACCUACCACAGCAAGCCUCCAUGACCAUUUAACUUGGAGCAGCGGUUCGUAUUUGCUCACUUGUUUUUGGUCGAAUGCAUUUAUUUGAUAUUUCAACAACCAGUAUCAGCGACCACGCCCUAAGUGACUUCAUGGUUUCUCGAAAUCUGAACCCUAUGUAUUCUUGGUAUUUCAACAAUCUUUAUCAUCUUAAAUAAUCGCUCCUAUGUUGAAAGAGUCUAAUCAGCCCCCAACCUACAGAAUCAGUAACCACUGACAGUAAUUCAGUCUGAAUGCCUCUAUCUUGUAUUACUCAGGUAAAUUAGUAAAUGUCUGCAUGGCUCAGUCUCACAUAUUUCAGCCACCACACAAGCUGCUUUGUAAGAUGUGUUUCCUUUGAGAGUGAGGAUCGGACAGUGAAAUUACAGGUUAUGGAGCCAUGAUAUCUUAUUCCUCCAAAAUGGCAAUACAUGAGUAGUCAUAUAAACGCUUACAACUUACCAUAACAUCAUUUGAUUGCUAUUUAAAAAUAAUAUUGCUCAGUUCAAGUCUUGACAGUCUCACUAUAUGUGUCAUCGGUUGUCGGAAUGACCAAUAGCUUGUUUGUUAUUCUAAGUAAAAAAAAGUUAUCGCUCACUCAGUCCAAGUACAGACCAUCUCACUAUGUAUGUGAUCGAUUGGUUACCCAGUCUGAGUCGUCUGUCUAAGUCGAUCCCGUAUCUCUCA